AUGUACGAUCACCAGCAACCCUUCACGGCCGGAAAGCUGAAGGUGUCCGAUAUACACACGCUCCACUACGAGAUAUCGGGGAGCAAAGAGGGUACACCAGUGAUCUUCCUGCAUGGUGGACCCGGAUCUGGCUGUGACGGUAGAGAUCGUGGCUUCUUCGACCACUCAAAGUACCAGGUGAUCAUGCUUGACCAGCGCGGCGCUGGCAAAUCCACUCCGAGCGCAUGCCUGGAAGAGAAUACGACGUGGGAUCUCGUGAAAGAUGUCGAGCGUCUGCGCGAGCAUCUAGGCAUCGAGAAGUGGCACGUUUUUGGUGGUUCUUGGGGCUCGACGCUAUCUCUGGCAUACGCUCAGACGCACCCGGAUCGCGUCAAGACGCUGGUUCUUCGCGGGAUCUUCACACUACGCCAGAGCGAGCUUCGGUGGUUCUACCAGGAAGGCGCCUCGCACCUCUUCCCUGAUGCCUGGGACGAAUACAUUGCACCGAUCCCGGAGGAGGAGCGCGGCGAUAUCAUCCUGGCUUAUCACGCUCAGUUGAACUCGAUCGACGACGAGAUCCGGAUGAGAGCCGCUCGCGCCUGGACGAAGUGGGAGAUGGCGACCUCUAAGCUGUACGUCGACCCCGAGAACCUGGCGAAGGCGGAGAAGGACGAGUACAGUAACGCAUUUGCGCGGAUCGAGAACCACUACUUCGUCAACACAGGCUUCAUGCGCGACGGGCAGCUGCUCGAGCGGCAAGAGGUUGACAAGAUACGGCACAUCCCAUGCGUCAUUGUGCAGGGAAGAUAUGAUGUGGUGUGUCCGGCUACUACAGCUUGGACACUGCACAAGGUGUGGGAGGAAGCCGAGUUCCAUAUCGUGCCGGACUCUGGCCAUUCUUCAACUGAGCCUGGGACUCAGAAGUUGCUCGUGCAGGCAACCGAUAAGUUUGCGGAACUGUAUCCAUGA